AUGGACAAAUUGUACAAGUUGAUGCUGUCGAUGACGACAGCCUUGCUUAUCGUCAGCUUCAUCGUACUAAGCCAAUCUCCUUCGUCUAACCAGCACAGUAAGCCUUCCGAGCAAAGCUCACGUAGCACGGAGCUCCACAAUGACAGUUUACAGAACAAAGACAUCAAGAAACAUGCCCAAGAACAAAAGUACAUCAUGUCGGAUGACAACACUCCGAGUCGAGGAGAUGGAAGUUCAUCAUGGAAACAAAAUGAGUCGAAGAAGCUCUCAAAUCUUAUACAGCAGAGACUUCACUUCAUUCAGAACCCUCCAGAUUGUAGCAAGGCCAAAAAGAUCGUGUGCAACUUUAAAGUGAGAUGCGGGUUCGGUUGCCAGACUCAUCAUUUGUCGUUCUGCAUGAUAAUGGCAUACGGCACUGGAAGAACGCUCAUCCUUGAGUCCAAGGGGUGGGACUAUGCGAAGGAGGGAUGGGAAAAGUUCUUCCGUCCUCUCAGUGAGAAUUGCCUUGAUCGAAAAGGAGAGACCACCGGCAAGUGGACAACUCCUGAUAAAAAUAAAAACAUCCAAGUGGUGGUACUUCCCGUCGUACACCGGUUAUCUCAGGACCUAAGGCCGGACUUCCUGCCAUUUGCAAUCCCAGAAGACAUCUCAGAGAGACUGGAAAGAGUACAUGGUAACCCCGCCGUUUGGUGGAUAGGUCAGAUCAUGACCUACAUUCUGAGACCACAGCCUCAACUCCAAGAAUUUAUGGACAAUGAGACAGCGGCCUUAGGAUUCACACAUCCGAUCGUUGGCAUUCAAGUGAGGCGGACAGAUAAACUCAGAAAAGAAGCCAAAUUUCACGCUAUCGAGGAGUAUAUGGUCUACGCCGAAGAAUUCUACGUGGAAUUGGAGAAGAGACAAGAAGUGCCGGUCAGGAGAAUCUUCUUAGCAACAGACGAGGCCAGACUGCUCGAAGAAGCCAAGAAAAAAUAUCCUGGUUAUGUGUUUGUGAGUGACAAUAAUAUAUCUCAGUCAGCCAAAGUAUCAACACGACUGUCAGAGGAAUCUUUUAUGGGUAUCAUCGUUGAUGUUUAUCUUUUGGCUCGUUCGGAUUUUCUCGUUUGCACGUGCUCCUCAAAUGUCUGUCGACUAGCUUACGAGAUGAUGCAGCAUAACUAUGUGGAUGCUUCAACCAAAGUCCGCUCCCUUGAUAGGGAAUACUUCUUUCAUGGUCAGACUCCAAAUAGCUUAGGCAAAAGAGUCAAGAUGCCUAUGUAUGAAGGGGCUGAGAACGUUCCCUUGUAA